UAACUUUCCAGCACCUACGCGGCUGCACGGCGUCCAUGGACGGAGCUCGCCGGAACGGCGCGUGGGAUAUCGUCCUGGUGCGUCCAGACGCGAGCACCGCGCGGUCGGACCGCUGCGCGAAGCUCCUCCUCCUGUGGUGGGCGGCCAUUGCCGUGGCCGUCGCGCUGUACGUCUUCGCCGGCUACUUCUGGGGCUCCGUCGCCACCGCCGUGCUCCUCGUCGCCGGGUGCUGGUUCACGUGCUACUACUUCAAGGCGGCGCCGGAGCCGCCACUGCUCCGGGAGACAGCGCUGCGCGGGCCAGUGGGGCAGGCGCAGAUGGUCAACCGAGGUCUGAGCCAGGGGUCAACCGUGACUUUCUAGAGCUUGACCUCCAGCUCCAGUCAGCUUAACACGUCAGGUACGACUAAGGACCGAUCAAACGUUCCUCUUCUUCCACUUGAGCUACUCGAUAAUCACGACUGUCGUAUUAAUCCAGAGUUCUAAUCUUCUCCAUUGCAACUUCUAAUGUGUGCUAGCCUGUUCUCUCACUAACCGAAGAAAAAGAAAAGAAUCCAUAUAGCUUACUUCCUCCUCAUCAUCACCAUACCCACUCAAGUAGCCUCCUCUGUUGUUGUUCAGCUAGCCCUUGCCUACGCUUUUCUUCGACCGCGAUCAGCAGGUCGAACUGGGCGGUGGCUCUCUUCGCUGACUUGGGAUAUGACGGCGAGGAGGUGUUGGCCAAGGAUCCGUUGGUGGGGGUUGAGAAAGAAGCGUAGGACCCUAAGGAGGUUGUGGAGGAGGUGCCCAAGCCAACGCCAAGCCCAAAGAAGAGGAGGAAGAGGUGCCUGAUAUUGAAGCCGAGCCUAAAGAAGAUCUGAAGGAGGUGGCUGAGAUUGACGU